UUCCAUCAGCCGAAAGAGCCCAAGUAGUGGCCGAGUGCUUGUUGCAGGAUGCAGAGUGCAACGAGGAUUCUCACGUUUCUGGGAGUUUGUCUCCUGUUCAGCGAAGGAUUUGGAUUCAGUGUAGAAGAGGUGAGCAAAGGAUAUGUAAAGGCGGGUGACGUUGAAGGAAAUCCUCAAGCUGAACCUGGACCCCAAUCAACGUUAGGGUCACCACCCUAUCUUCCUCCUCCUUGGAAGUGACAUGGGAACCACCACCCGGUUCCUCGCCACAAUAUUACCGGGUCCUGUCGUCUGGUUCCGGAAUUACACCUGGAGACAUUAUCGUAUAUGACCUUCGCUAUCUUUUGGAUGGCCUGUUAAGCUGUACGGAAUAUUUCAUAAUCAUCGUGGCUGUCUUUCCAAUCAGGUCUCUUAUUCGAGUGAACGGCACCAGGAAUUACUGACAGUGAAGUUCCCCCAAUGCCAGCCAACUGCACCAUCAUCAAGGAAUCUAGUGACUUAGUGUCGCUCAGCUGGGCUCUUCCGCUCACAAACUGCGCUGUGUACACUUACAACGUCAGUUGGCUGUGGGAGGCGAAGUGGAACGGGUCCUUGGCCGACGAGGACUGGGACACGACCGGGCAAACGAGUUACACUAUCAGUGGCAUUCGGCCGUAUAGCGAGGUCCUGAUUUCCAUCAAGGGCAAAACUGCAUCGGGAUACGGUCCGGCUCUAGAGUGCGAGGCCCUGACCGCUGAAUACUUUCCGAGCGCCCCGAGCAUCGUUAGUGUGACAGAAGGAUCAAACUAUUUGUCCGUAACUUGGGAGCCUCCUGAGGAGCCGAACGGAGUCAUCCAACGCUACAGGAUCACGCGAAUCGGCGACGACGGAGAGGAGGAGAUGCAAGAGACUGACGGAGACACUUUGACGGCGAGGGUGUAUGGCACAGCUGCUUGCCAUAACUACACUCUCACCGUUGCCGCAAAGACGGCGAAGGGGUUUGGGGCUGAAUCCAACAAAAGGGUUAUUUAUGUCACAGGGGAAGCUCCUUGGAAACUGUGACAUGUGAUGGAACAGCUUCUAGAAACUUCACUGUUAUGUGGGACCAUGGAAGCGUCACCUGCAAGGAUCAGUACUACUCUAUCACCUGGAACUCUACUGUUAAGUGGUCAGCUGAUGAAGACCAAGGUGAAACAGAGGUUCCCGGAAACGAAACGGCGUACACCUUCCUCGACGCGACCCC